AUGGCGACCGCAGCCGAGUCGCAACAGCUCAGCAACGCCAUCCUGUCGUUUGCAUUGGAAGGGAGCUUCCCUGAAGAUGCUACCGCGCUGCAGUCGGUCUCGGAGACUGAUCUGAACCCGACAAUUGAGGCCCUGAGCAAGGCCAAGGCGGAUAUCGAGGCCGAGAUACACACCAUAAACGAAGAGACCAAGGACGAUAUCAGCUCGUGGAUGAGAAACGCAAAGGUUCUGCAGGAGGACAUCAUCCGAUCCAAGACCAUCGCCAAUGACAUCAUCCGUCAGUCCGAGGAACCUGAGGUGACCGGAGAAGCGGUCCUGGAUGCAGAAGAGAAGGCCGAGUUUCUUAAUCGAGAGGUCCAGUACAGCCAGCAGAUUCAUGGUGUCUUGAGGCGGAUCCAGCAAGUCAACCAGCUCCUCGUCCAAGUCGAGCAGGCAAGCAGAGAAAGGCGUGUUGUCGACUCUCUGCAGCUGCUGGAGCGAUCAUGGAAAGCUCUUGACGAUGUGGGCAUCAGCAAAACCACCCGGGUAAUGAAGCUCUUGGACUUGAGGGCCUUUGAGUUAAAGUCCGAUAUACACCAAGUCUUCAACCACGUGUGGAAGACUCUGGUGCAAGUCGACACAGAGUCGGGAAAGGUUGCCAUCUACAAUUCGCGACAAGCUUACAAGGAGGUUGAUGAGAGAAUGGAGCAGCUGUGGCACAACCUGGAUGCAGCAGUAGUGUCGCCGCGCAUGGAUGCUACAAGAUCAAACAUACCCGGCAUCAGGGUGGAGGGAGAUGUGCUGGAGCUUGCGGGGUCCUCUGACGGCUCGGCCGAAUCCUUGCUAUCAGAUCUCGAACAGAUUCUGACUUUUGUCGCUCAGAAGCUGCCAGCCGAUCUAUUGCGGCCACUGGCUGAUGUCAUGAUGGGCGACAUUAUAUCCAAGCUUACCAAGGGGUGGCUCAACCCUGCCGUUCCUUCGGGACUCAAGGACUUGGAUACAUUCCAAGCUCUGGUGUCCAAGAUGAAGGGGUUUUGCGACACUUUGCAGCAUAACGGAUUCCCUGGCCUCGAGCAGAUCCAGGACUGGGCCACCAAGGCGCCUACAAUAUGGCUUGAAAAAAGCAGAGAGACGGCACUCGAUAGCGUCCGAGUCAAGCUUGCCGGUGGGAUUGGGGAAUCGAAACGUGUCGAAAAGAUUGAGAGGCAGAUGGUUUCCAUAGCCGAGGGCAAAGAACUAUCGAGAACUGGGGCCGGAGCUGUUGCAGACUCAAACGACUGGGGAGACGACUGGGGAGAGGCAUGGGACGAUGAAAAGGCAGGGGAUGACCAAGAGCAAGCGUCGCAGGUGGAAGGACACGAGGACAAUCACGUUGAAGACGACGACGGCGCUGCAGAUGCUUGGGGGUGGGAUGACAACGAUGAUGCGGCCAAGGAUGCAGACGAGAAACCGGAGGAAACGAAGCCAGAGGCUAACGAACCUGCCGACGCCCCGGAUGAGGACGAUGGAGCUGAUGCAUGGGGUUGGGGCGAUGACGGCGACGGUCCCGAAGAAGAGGCCCAAGCAGAGCCUGCACCCGCUCAGGCCCCUGCGCCAGUAGCUCCGGCAGCCAAAGCGAAGUCGGGCAAGGCCAAGGAAGAGACGAGGGAGUUGGUUUUCAAAGAGACUUACAGCAUUUCGUCGAUGCCCGAGCCUGUGCUCGAACUGAUAUUCUCGAUCCUGGAAGACGGAGCCGCGUUGACAAAGGACGGGAACGAGUACAGUCUGUUAGCAGCGACGGCACCUGGCCUCUUCAGCUUGCCUACCUUUGUCUUGGCUCUGUUCCGAGCCAUCUCGCCUCACUACUACUCGUCUGACGCUGGAGGCAACAUGUUCCUAUAUAACGACGCCAUGUAUCUGUCCGAGAAGCUGUCCGACUUUUCCAUGGCUUGGAAGCAACGGGAAGACCUGACACCCCGUGCGCGAAGCAUGCUCCGUAUCGACAAUGAUGUCCGGACGCUCAAAAGUUUUGCCAACCGCAGCUAUUCCAACGAAAUGAGUCUUCAAAAGACAAUUCUACAAGACCUCCUCGGAGGGUCACAGAGCCUGGCACAGCAAGACGAUAAGGAGUCGUCCAUAGAAGCCGGAACAGCACGUAUCCGGAGCGUGGCCGCGACAUGGGAUCCCAUCCUGAGGAGAUCUGUCUGGUCUCAGGCUGUCGGGUCUCUUGCGGACUCGCUCGCGUCACGGCUGAUAUCAGACGUGCUGGAGAUGCCGUCGAUUGGACAAGAUGAAGCAUACAGCAUUGCCCAGCUCAUCGCUUCGGCAACCGAGCUGGAUGAUCUAUUCCUCCCCAGCAAACUCGCCGGCACGGCCCCGGUGCCGGAUGAAUUGCCAACGACGGCUCAGUAUGCGCCGAGCUGGCUGCGUCUCAAGUACCUCGGCGAGGUGCUGCAGAGCAACCUCAACGAAGUCAAGUUUUUGUGGUGCGAGAGCGAGCUCAGCUUGUACUUUACCGUCGACGAGGUCAUUGAUCUGAUACACGCCAGCUUUGAGGACAAUGCGAGAACCAGGGAGACGAUCAAGGAGAUUAAAGCCAAACAGCCGCUGGCUAGAUGAGGCUUGUUGAUGAA